AAUACUAAGUGUUAAUGUUAAAUAUAUUUCUUACCAAAGCUGGAAACUUUAAUGCUCUUAUUUGUUUCCCUCUUGCUCUUCUCCUCCUGUCUCUCUCGUUUCGGAAACCCUAAUCUCACGGAGCAUUUCGAUCUGCAAGUCCGAAAUUUUCAGUGUUGCAGCUAUGGAAGGGAACUUUGGAAGCUACACUGAUAAGACGAGAGUGUUGGAGAUCAAACCAUUGCGUACUCUAAGACCUGUCUUCCCCAACGGAAACCAAGCUCCCCCUUUUGUCUGUGCACCUCCUUUUGGACCUUUUCCUCCUGGAUUCUCUCCUUUCUAUCCCUUUAGCUCUUCUCAAGCAGCGAACCAGCACACUCCUGAUCUCAAUCAAGCUCAGAAUCCACCACAGCCUCGUAACAACAACUCAGAACCUUCGUUGGUUACUCCUCUGAGGACAUUCAGGUCUCCUGACACAACAACAUCUAACGGGGACGUGGAGGAGCAGCCACCUGAGGGUUCGACUGUGAAGAGAAAGAUCCCUAAACAGAAGCGUGCUCCGCUUGUCUGUCCUGAGAAUUUCGAGAGCGGGAUCACCGUGGCUGAUAGAGAGAAUGGCAAUAGGAAGGUGGUGAUGAGUGUGGUCAUGCGGUUUGAUGCGUUGAGGAGAAGGUUUUCUCAGCUGGAAGAUGCCAAGGAAGCGGUUAGUGGGACUAUCAAACGUGGUGAUUUGAAAGCGGGAUCUAUUUGUAUGAGCAGAGGGGUCAGGACCAACACCAAGAAGCGACCUGGCGUUGUUCCUGGUGUUGAGAUCGGUGACGUGUUCUUCUUCAGGUUUGAGAUGUGUUUGGUUGGGUUGCAUUCUCCGUCGAUGGCUGGCAUUGACUAUCUGCUUGUCAAGGGAGAAACAGGAGAAGAGCCUAUCGCCACUAGCAUUGUGUCUUCUGGUUAUUACGAUAACGACGAAGGUAACCCUGAUGUUUUGGUGUAUACUGGUCAGGGCGGUGGUAAUGCUGAUAAAGAGAAGCAAACCUCUGACCAGAAGCUAGAAAGGGGUAAUCUCGCAUUGGAGAAGAGCCUGCUUAGGAACAGUCCGGUUAGGGUAAUAAGGGGGUUGAAAGAAGCUUCUCAGAGUGCUAAGAUCUAUAUUUAUGAUGGGCUCUAUGAGAUCAAAGAGUCAUGGGUAGAGAAAGGGAAGUCAGGACACAACACUUUUAAGUAUAAACUAGUGAGAGCUCCUGGUCAGCCUCCUGCCUUUGCUUCUUGGAUUGCGAUACAGAAGUGGAAGGCCGGUUUGCCUUCAAGGGAAGGACUCAUUCUCCCUGAUCUCACUUCCGGGGUUGAAAGCAUAGGCGUUUCGCUUGUGAAUGACGUUGAUGCCGAGAACGGCCCUCCUUAUUUCACCUACUCCACAACUGUGAAUUACUCAGAGUCGUUUAAGCUGACACAGCCUUCUGUUGGAUGCAAUUGUAGCAACUCCUGCAAACCAGGGAACUUGGACUGUCAUUGCAUAAGGAAAAAUGGAGGUGAUUUCCCUUACUGCGGUAAUGGAGUACUAGUUAGCCGCAAGUCUUUGAUACAUGAAUGCAGCCCAUCAUGCCCGUGCUCGGCUUGCAAAAGCAAGGUGACUCAAAUGGGAAUAAAAGUGAAGCUUGAAGUUUUCAAGACAGUGAAUAGAGGAUGGGGCUUGCGGUCGUGGGAUCCCAUUCGUGCUGGUUCGUUUAUAUGUAUAUAUGCAGGUGAGGCCAAAGACAAGUCGAAGGUGCAGCAGCAAACGAUGAUGGCUGAUGAUGAUUAUACCUUUGAUACAACCCGUGUCUAUACCCCUUUCAGAUGGAACUAUGAGCUUGGCUUAGCAGACGAAGAAGCUUCUGAGGAGAUGUCUGAAGUACCUGAACUCCCACUGCCUCUUAUAAUCAGUGCUAAGAAUGCUGGGAACGUUGCACGAUUCAUGAACCACAGUUGCUCCCCUAAUGUUUUCUGGCAGCCUAUUAGUUAUGAAAAUAACGGUCAGCUCUUCUUGCAAGUGGCCUUCUUUGCUAUGUCACACAUCCCUCCCAUGACUGAGUUAACUUACGAUUAUGGUGUUACUCGACCGAGCGGAACUCAAAAUGGUAACCCUAUAUAUGGUAGAAAAAAAUGCUUUUGCGGAUCAGAGUUUUGCCGUGGUUCAUUUGGUUGAUAAUGGCUAGAAAAUCUACCUCCCUCUAGUAAACAACUGGAGGCAGAUGAUUAUGAAUGGAACAGGGAUCUUUUGAAAUGACUCCUUUUGGUGGCCACAAAUGUUUUAAAGACUCCCUUUGAUCUCUCUCUUCAUAAUCAUAAGACCUUUGUCUAUUUCUCAGAUUCUGGAAGAUAUACUCUCAUGUUUGUCUCCUGUUGGAUAUGUAAUCUUAAUAGUAGUCGGAUUGUUUUAAGGACAAACCUGUAUCUUGUUUUUUUUUUUGUAUUUAAGUUUGUAGCUGGACUAAACUUUUGUAAGGCAAUUAUCGAACUAGGAACUGAUUAACGACGAAAUAAGAUCAAAUCUCGAUGUUCUUUCU